UUUCAUUACAUAUUUCGAUUUGUUUUUUUCUUAAUGAUUGUACCUGCGAAGUUUAAAGUGAGGGUUUUACACGAAAUUUCUCAUAUGGUCUGAGAAUUUAUUUAUUUUUUCUGCAUUUUUUUUCCUGUUAAAUUUACCCUCAUUUUUGGGGGUUUUGUUUCAGAGGAGGCGGUGUUGUGCUUUUACAAAAUUUGUGUUUUGUUUUGGAUUAUUUGCCACUGAUUAUUAUAAUUGAUUAAUUGUAAUUGGAGUUUAUGAGUUCAUAUUUUGGUGUAAAUUUGAUACAACUGUUUGUUGUGUAUUUACAUUUUGCCACUUGGAUUUUUUUCACAAUAUUCUUCAUACUUGGUUGCUUUUCCGCAUAAUGAUAUGUCGAUAACUGUUAUAUUUAAGGUACGGUACGCUGUAUGUAUACGUAAUUUAUGCGAUUAGUGUUGAAAUAGUUGUUUUUAGCCUGCAAUUGUGUUAAUUACUGCAUUAUGUUUGAAUAAUUGUUCUUUUAGGAUAUGUUUUAUGGUUGCGAUUAUGUUUGUCUGUCGCUCGUCGCGUAAACUUAACAGACGGAUAAUUUUAUCGUUGAAAUGCACUAAAUCUACAUUCUUUCGAAUUGCAGAUUUAAUUGCUCUUGUGGAAGUCUGUCCCGUAAAAAGAAAAAAAAAAAGAAAAACGGGCUCGAAAUCGAUUGCUCUAAGUAGUUAAAUUCGAUCUCUUAUUGAGAGAUGCAAGAGCCUCAAACUUACCAUCAGACAAUCAAGCCGUAUUAUUUUUCAAAUCAAUUCUAUACUCUCGAAUCAACACCACCAACAUGCAACAAUGCUACACACAGUUCAGCUUCGUCUGCAAGUAUCUCCUCAAAUCGAAGCCCCUUCUCUCCACAACUCCAUCACUCGUCAGAUAACAAUACUUACGAAGUUGUGGGGCCCGAAUGCGAUAUCGAUCACAGUCCCUCCUUCAACAGAAUCUUGGAAAUUGCCCCUCAAAUGGACCUCAAACAAUUGCUCGUAGCCUGUGCUGAAACUAUCUCGUAUUCCGAUGGAAAAAUGGCGGUAUCAACUUUCGAAGCUCUAUUGCGAAUAUUAGAAAAAAGGGUUUCGGUAUGUGGCGACCCUUUACAGAGAUUAGGUGCGUACAUGCUCGAAGGGCUAAGAGCGAGAUUAUUAUCUUCCGGAAGCAUAAUUUACAAGAAAUUGAAGUGCAGAGAACCGACGAGCUCCGAAUUAAUGUCGUACAUGCAAGUGCUCUACGAGAUCUGCCCUUAUUACAAGUUCGCCUACAUUUCUGCAAACGUUGUCAUCGAAGAAGCCAUGCAAAACGAGAAAAGAAUCCACAUCAUCGAUUUCCAAAUCGCGCAGGGCAGCCAAUGGGUGUCCUUCAUUCAAGAUAUUUCCUGCCGGCCCGGUGGGCCCCCUUGUGUACGCAUUACGGGGGUUGAUGAUUCCGAAUCUGCCCACGCUCGAGGAGGUGGGCUUGAUUUAGUGGGCCGUAGAUUAGCCCAAGUGGCUGAAUCUUGUGGGGUCCACUUCGAAUUCAACGGUGCGGCUAUGUCUGAAAACGAGGUCGAACUGUGUAAUAAUCUUGAAAUUCGAAACGGAGAAGCUUUGGCCGUGAGUUUUCCCUACGUACUUCACCAUAUACCGGACGAGAGUGUGAGCACUUUGAAUCAACGUGAUCGAUUACUGCGUUUGGUCAAAGGGUUGUCGCCGAAAGUGUUGACUUUGGCGGAGCAAGAAUCGAACACCAACACCUCGACUUUCUUGCAGAGGUUCUACGAAACCUUGGAUUACUACACGAACAUGUUCGAGUCGAUCGAUGCUGCAAGAUCGAGGGAAGAUAGGCAAAGGAUAAAUGCGGAGGAGCAUUGUGUGGCGAAGGAUGUGGUGAAUAUAAUAGCUUGUGAGGGAGAUGAUAGAGUCGAGAGGCACGAGCUUUUCGGUAAGUGGAAACUGAGGCUGACUAUGGCGGGAUUUACUCAAAUGCCACUGAGUUCGUCGGUUAGUGACUCGAUUAGGGUUAUGUUGGGAGGGUAUAGUUGGAAUUAUAGAGUGGUGGAGGGGAAUGGAGCUUUGUAUCUUGCAUGGAAAAACAGAGCUUUGGUUACAGCUUCUGCAUGGAGAUAGUAAUUAAAGAGAGAUAGGAUAUUUGUUUAUUGAAUCAAAUUCAUAAUUAUAAAUUUCAAUGUAAAGAAUAGCAUAUGAUAUUUGUUACAAAUAAAUAAUCUUGAUUUUGUUAUUAUAUUAA